GUUGACGAGUUCGGUCGCAAACAUUUGCCGUUGCCUGCCUAGUUCUCUCGGUUGGUGUGCGUUCACAUUUCUUGGCUCCUUUCGUCUCCCCCGUCUCACCAGUGAAAAACCCGGUUGCCCGGGGCAAACUGGGAAACGUCGUCGGUAAAUUUGUUAUCCAAUUUUGGCAAAGUGGAGAAGGUCGAUGGGUUCAACGGUGCCAGACAGGUUUGCGAGUAAAAAUAACCACGAUUAUUAGUCGGCAUUCAGUUUCAGCCGGUCGGUCGGUUGAUAUAAGCACGGGUCGGCGAAUCGACGAACAAAUUACGGUUCAAAGUGGUACCGACGGACGGUGCAAAAUUAAUUAAUCGUCGUGCACGGCCAACGGUGGUGAAGUGGUGUUGUUUGCAUGUUUUACGAGGUGUGUUUUAUGUCGUCGUCGUCGUCGUCGCGCGUCGUUCACUCGUUCACGGCCAGAAGGUUCUGCUGUGGUCCUGUUCAAAUGAAAUUCUGUUCCUAAACGUGAUGUAGUUUAUGGAUAUUAAGGUGGCUCCGUUAGCGAAUUUCUCUUGGGACUUUUAGUGCACACUUUUUUUUCGUUACUUCUGCCAAGUGAAGGUGCUCCAAGUUGAUGUUGUUGAGAACGUGACGACUUGACAAUUGCUACAAGUUAUUUGAAGUGUUGGUUUGAGCUGUGAUUAAAUUUACAUAAAACUGAUUCGUGAGAGGCCGUUCAGAAAGGAAACGGGGUGACUUUUCACUGGUGUCCUACGCAUGCAUUCGGCUGCAUCGACUUCGAACAGGGGAAAGAAAGUUGUUAGCAUGCAAGAGUGCUCGGACCGCUUUUUCUGAGGAGUGUGGGCAACAGUGAGAGAAAAAAAAAAUCCUACCAACAAAAACAGUCCUGACCGUUAUCGGCCCCCCACCCAACCAGUGCGCGGAGUAGCUACAGGACUCAACAGGCGUGCGUGCCACCAGGAGCCUCGUCGGGCUCGUUUCACGCUGAAUUAAAACGAUGUCGCUGUGGGCACGCGUCCAGCAGCUGCCACAGCCCGUUCUCGAGCAGAUUCGAUACAUCUACGGUAACAACUUUCCGAUCGAGGUACGCCACUAUCUGGCAGAAUGGAUCGAGGAACGAUUGCUAAAUGCUCCGACAUACCAGCAUGAUCAGGAAGGUAGCUGCGAGCAGGAUGCGGCCUCAUUUCUCAAUCAGCUAAUCAACGAACUGGAACGAACGGCUAUCAAUCUGCCGGAGGACAACGUGACCGGGCGCAUCCGCUUGAACGAAUCGGCCCGCAACUUCCGUCAACUGUUUUCACACAACCCGUCCCAGCUGUACUUACACCUGAUCAACUGUCUGCAACGGGAACGGCAGUGCAUAGCCUACCCGGAGGAAUGCGUCAACGUGCAGGAUCCCGAGAUAAUCGAUGUCAUCAAUGGGUUGCAGGAUUUGCAGCGGAUGGUGCUGGAGAAUGGCAACGAUAAUCGGAAUUUAGUGAAAGAUUACGAACAUCUGCUGCUGGAAAUUCACGAAAUCACCAAAAACAAAGCCCAAAUGGAAACGAUAGAGAACCUGCAGCUCCGAGAGCACGCCAGGACUACGCUGGCCCAGCAGGAACGACAGGUGACCGAAAUGGUCAACCACAUCACCGGCAAUCGGCUCAAUCUGGUGAACAAAUUUCGUUCCACGAUUCAGGUGACGUCGCGGGUGCAGGACAAGGUUCUGCACAAGUACCUGACCCAGUGGAAAAUCAAUCAAGGUUUCGCUGGCAACGGGGCGUCCGGAAUGAGUGCCAGCAAUCUGGACACCAUCCAGGCGUGGUGUGAAAGUUUAGCGGAAAUUAUCUGGAACACAAAGGAUCAGAUCCGGCUAGCGAUGAAGAACAAGUCCAAGCUCAAUAUCGAGGAGAACAAUCUGCCCGACUACCUGCCCCAGCUGCUCGUGGAAGUGACCAAUUUGCUGAAAACGCUCAUUACGACCACGUUCAUCAUCGAGAAGCAACCCCCGCAGGUGAUGAAAACCAACACCCGGUUUGCGUCCACGGUGCGGCUUCUGAUCGGUAACACACUCAACAUCCGGAUGAGCAAUCCGUUGGUGCGCGUUUCAAUCAUUUCAGGUACGAGCUAUGAUGCUAAAGCACAGGCACAGGCCACGCAGCAGUCCAACAAAGCGUCGGAGCAGUCGUGCGGGGAAAUAAUGAACAAUACAGGAAACUUAGAGUACAAUGAAACUACAAAGCAGUUAUCGGUUAGUUUUAGAAAUAUGCAACUGAAGAAAAUCAAACGAGCAGAGAAGAAAGGCACGGAAAGUGUGAUGGAUGAAAAGUUUGCCCUGCUAUUCCAGUCCAGUUUCGCCGUUGGCCAUGGUGAUUUAGUCUUCUCGGUCUGGACGAUCUCACUUCCGGUGGUCGUGAUUGUGCACGGCAAUCAGGAACCGCAGUCGUGGGCCACCAUCACCUGGGACAAUGCAUUCGCCGAUAUCAAUCGGGUACCGUUCCACGUGCCGGAUAAGGUCUCGUGGAAUCUGCUGGCGGAAGCACUGAACACAAAGUUCCGCGCCUCGACCGGCCGACCGAUGACACCCGAAAAUAUGCACUUCCUGUGUGAGAAGGCAUUCCGGGCGAGUUUGCAGUAUCCGGUGUCGAACGAUCUGACGAUCACGUGGUCCCAGUUCUGUAAGGAACCGCUACCCGACCGGACGUUCACCUUCUGGGAGUGGUUCUACGCGGCCAUGAAAGUAACCCGGGAACAUUUGCGGGGACCGUGGAACGAUGGUAGCAUAGUCGGGUUCAUCCACAAAUCCAAGGCGGAAGAUUAUCUGCUCAAGUGUGCGAGGGGAACGUUUCUGCUUCGAUUCUCGGAUAGUGAAUUGGGUGGCAUUACGAUUGCCUGGGUAAACGAGAGCAACGACGGACAGCCGCAGAUUCUACACAUUCAGCCAUUCACAGCGAAAGACUUUGCCACUCGGUCACUGUCGGAUCGCAUACGUGACUUCGAGGACCUGUUCUAUCUGUACCCGAACAAACCGAAGAACGAGGCGUUCGAUCGGUACACGACACCACCCGGACAGCCCCGCAACCGCAAUUAUAUCCCCUCGGAAGUGCGGGCCGUGCUGGUGCCCGGACCGAACAACAACAACGCCAUCAGCUAUCCAAAUACGCCCAACUCGUACAACCACCUGCAGUCGCCCGAUACUUCACGAGAUACCCCCACCAGCGGGGUGACCGAUGUGACCUACCGCGAACGGAGUGUACCCCGGCCGAACGUUCUUGAGGGGUUCCGCUACGGAAUGAUUGAGUCAGCGAACACAAACGUGGGCAGCCCGGUGAGCAGCGGGGGCACUGUCUAUGCCUGUAUCGGAUCGCCUGCCUUCUCGGACACCUCUUCGCAGGGGUCGGCCAAGAAAUUUCCACGCGUCACGAGUCCUUUGCAGACGGUUCCUGCCAGUGUGGAACAGUUCAACGGUAGUGGCGCGGUCGUCGGCGGCGUCGUUGAAUCCAGUAACGAUGACCAACCAAUGAGAGACAGUAACAGCAGCAGCUCGCUAACGAUGCGCACCUCGGCCAACGAUGAAACUAUUCAGAGGUUGGUCGAAAGCAUGCUGUCCGAUUACCAGGGAGGUCCCGUAGACGAUGAUUCCAUCGAUCAGUUGAACAGCAAUCUAUUCAAUGGUGGCAAUGGAAGCUCCGACGAUCAGUGAGAUCUAGAUGUGUGCUUGUGUGUGAGUGUUUGUUGUGUUUAGCAGACCUCGCUGCCGCGGUGCAAGAGAGCUUUCUCUUGAAUUGCCGGGGCGUCAAGUGGUUGCAUUGGAAACGAACCUGACAGGCAGUUGUUUAUUUUGUAGGUUAAUUUGUCAAACCUCGUUAGUUUUGCUAACUUUGAAACUUGCUGUUCGAGUUUUUUGCUGUAAUUAGCUCAGUCGAUGAAACUGAGAAGCGAUUUGACUAUUGAUAAAACGUGUAUGCUUGUUUAUGGUCUCCAUAGAAUAGAAGCCUAACAAAUCUCGAUUUUCGAUACAACUUCGAAACACCCCUGCUGGAAUCCAGAUAAUUUACGUGGAAUCCUCAACAGUGUUGUAUUUUCCUAACCGAGAAGUGUGAUAUUUUUUGUUGACGUAGGAUUACGUUAAAACCAAACAUACUGAAGCUAGCAAGCUGACCCAUCGUGAACUGAAAAAAAAAUAUGCACCACUUGUCCCGCUUAAGAGCUGAUUGUAACUUGUGUAUUUAUUAUUUUCUAAGAUUGCUGGACACACCGCACCAAAUCGGAUUUAUCAAAUCGCAAAAUUUCUUAAAGCCAUAUAACUGUGAUGUAUGAAAAAUUUACUGAAAUUGAAACAACCAACACAAGAAAGCGGGUCCUAAAAACAACACUGGCCCCUCUAUCCGUCUGUUGCCUCUCGGAAGGCAAUCGGUCCUAUCGAACGGAUUAGUGAAUUGAAGUGUUAUUAAUAUACAUAGGUUAGUGAUUAUUUUCUUUUGUUCCUUUGUUUUUGCUGUGCAUUGAACUCAAUAAAAGAUACUAUUAUUUGAACAUCCUUUAGUUUUGUUCUUGCUGUUAAGUACGUAGAUAAUUUGAGUUUGUUUCUUGUUUUGUUUUCUGCUACCAAUUUGCACCACUGUUGUUAACCGCUGUCGAAGUUAUCAAUUCAGGUAAUUACAACAAAAGGCGGGUUGGUAAUGUCAGAGACACAACUGGAGGUAUGGAGGACAUUAAUACGAAUAAAAUUGAAAUGCUUAUUUCACACUUCUUUCACACUUCCGACUAUCAAUAAUCGUUCGUAUUCUACUGAGGUCGUUUUUACGCGGGGAAUACGUACCGCGUAACUUUUAACAUCUGCAAAAACAACCCGCGUGAUUUCGAAAAUCGGCGUAGAAAAAAAGGUGCAAAACUGAAGAAUUUGUUUUGAUGCCAAAUGUCUUAGAAAUGCAUGAGUUGACUUAAAAAAAAUCGGGAUAACACCAGAUCUCGACGUUUCAUGCAUCUCUAAUACUAAACAAGAAUACCGGAAACGUUGAAAAUUCGCCUAGAAAAACCGCGUAAAUUCAGAAGCCGCUUGAAAAAACCGCAUUAAAAAAGUCAAGUAGAAAAUAACAAUUUUGUAACCUAUUCUUUUCGUAGAUUUACAAACUUAGUGCAGGAACACUUGAAUUAGGACCAGAAUUUCAGAGCUGGCUCAGAGCUCUUGUUCAGUAGUACUUGACCUGAAUUCGGAACUUUGAACCUGAAUUCCGGACUAGGAAAUGAAUUGUAGCUCUGGAAUUAGGACCAUACCUGAAUUCUGGACUUGAGCUUUGACAAGUAGACUUCGAUUCGGGAUCGAUAUUCUGGGCCUGGUUUCGCGACUUCAACUUUGACCGGGAUCCUAGAGCUGAGGCCUAAAUUUGAAUCUAGAUUCUAAACCUGAAUUGAUGACUUGAAUUUUGAUCGACAGCUUCAACUACUUGAGACUUUAGUAAAAUGGCGGACCUUUGACCGUUUGUAACUUAUACCAUUCCAGAAUUGAUGUCGCAUAGUGACAAGAAGCCAAAUCAGGCCAAAACUGAACUGGAGAACCGUGGCUUCUGGUAGAAGGUACCAACCGCUUUCUACAGACAUAUUUUCACUGACACAUUCUUAUUAUAGGCAUAUGACCUGUCAAAUCACAUACGUCUUUGUGAAUUCUGAGGCUCGUUCGUUGUUCGGAAAUGCUUGGUAACGACGUAGGACAUUGUGUAUGCCUACGUCAACAGUUCGAAAAACUUCAUAGGGUAUUCUGUUGGGUUUUCUUUUAAAUUCUGCUAAUAACUGAUAAAGAAUUGAUUGAAAAAUAAAGAGGAACGCACGAUUGAAAUAUGUCCUGGAUGAACGUCAGUCUAUUUUGUUUUAUUUUUUGUCGAACUGUUUUGGACAGAUAGGUUUCACUUCAAUACCAGAUCUCGUUGCGUACAAAAUCCUCAGAUCUGACCAGUCCGUUAUCUCGUUAGAAUUUAUGCUUUCACCGCGAAAAUUUCUCCUCCAAUGGCUUGACUUCCCGUCCGUAGAGGGCAUGUUGCAAUUAUAAUAUCACAAAAGACAACGAUAACCGCUAGAGCAGAAGAAACUGUAGGACAUCAGAUUGAUGUUAUUCUAUUCGUUUUCCCGUCAAACAGGGCGUCAAGUGAGCCCGAAUGUUUCCUAUUAUAGUGAAUGAUAUUGUGGCAGAUUUUCGCUGUCCAUAGAGGACAAUUUUUUUACUGUUAGAUAGAGAUUAGCUAUUGGUAAGGAUAAGUGAUAACAUUUCUGUUUGCUCAAGGCUCGAACAAAACAAUGGAAUCUAAAUGUGAUGUAUAGUGUGUAAGUCUAUAAAAUCAAGAAACAUAUUGUUCUAUUCUGAUCUGUCUAGCAACUAUUUCUUUUGAAUCGAUGUUGGAAAAAAACAAGCAAAUUAUAAUUGUUAUCUACUUCCCAUGUAGGAAAAUUAAAAAUAUAUGCGAUUACAAAUCGUCAGUAAGUUUAUCCUAUCUUAGGAUGGCGAAUAAGUGGAGACGAAGGACAAUUGCAGGAGACGUCAAAGCAAGAUUAGUCGAAUGGCACUUGUAUUGUUUAUUUGAUUGUAUAUAGUUUCACAAUUUCAAUUUGAUUGUAGUGACAUUUCUACUGUAUUUCGUUUGCAUGUAUACUGUUAAAUACGAGUUGAACAAUUGUAUGUAAAUUGUGACUUUGAACACAGCUCGUUUUGAGUGUAUUUUACUUGCAUUUUCCUACCUCAGAGAACAAAGAGCAGAAUUUCUCAAUAUCAAGAGUUCCGCUUAGAAAGCUUCUAGGAAGUUAUCUAACAGAACUCCGAUAUUGGGUAGAAAGUAUUGAAAAUUGCCUAAUUUUUUGGUUCAGUGUACCCGAUGUCUACACGGUUAAAUAAAACAACUUUAAAAUAAAACGUUAAUUCAAAGAGGUAUAAAAUACUUUUGAUUUCCUUUUGAGUAGGAUUUUUAAUAUCAAAUCUUCAUCAGUAUAAGUUUAGAACAUAAAUCAUUUAAUAUUUGGACGCCAAAAAAAAAAAGAAUUAUUUGAUUUGAAUUAUUAUUAAACAAACAGAAUCUGUCAUUGGCUCAUUUGAAAUGUUGACGUCGAGCUUCCAAUGCUGUCAAAAUACCUACACGGAACCGCAAAACAACCGAAUUUAAAGUACAUUCCACCCAAUUUGGGGGUUCCGUUCAAUAACCUAAUUUUAGUUAACGCAAGCCACGUGCAAAAAAAACUUAGAGAUGAGUUAUAUUUACUCUACAGUUGAGUCGUAUUGACUCAAUUUUAGGUUGAUACGGUUUACUCAAUUUUAGCCUAUUGAACAAAACUCUCGCUGUUGAGUGGUUUUGCUCUAUGUAUUUAGACAACAAUGGCAGGAGCGAGUGAAAGAAAAGAUUCAAAAGAACUGAAAAUUAAGUAAAAUGAAGUCAAAUGAUAGGUAUUUUUUAUUUUUAAAUUAGAAUUUCCAUCGAUGUAUUUAAAUGUUUCGCUUGAGUUGCCUCUGUGCUAAAAUAAUAAUAUAUUUGGUAGUUGAUUCCACACAGUAGUUGAAUAAACCUUGAAUUUCGUUUACAGAAUUUGAUUACAUAGCCUCAAUAUCUGAAUAUAGUUUAGUGUUAAAGAAGUUUACGGUUUCCCACUUGUACGCGGCGGGCAAAUUUCCCCCCAGACGGCUGGCUAUGUCUGCCAGCCAUUUUUGCAACAAUGCAACAACCGUUUCCGGCAGAGAAUUUCGCCUAGCGAUUAUUCACGGUUCUGUUUCUGUCGGAUUCUUGCCAUACAAGAUUGACAGAACCGUUUUGAAUCGAUUCUACGUUUUUAGCGUCUUGGUUUUAUUUUUUCAAUAAAAAGUACAAUAAGCACAGCAAUAAGAGUUAUUGCCCUUCAUAUAUACUAAUUAUGAAAAAUGUUAUUGCCAAUAACACUGCUUUCUCACUACCAAACAUACCCAUAUUCCAAUUAAAUCCUUAAGAUUCGUUUUUUGUAUGUACAUGCGGGAUUGACGAAUAUAAAAUGAAGUUGAAUAAAAAAAAAAAAGAAAAAAGAAAUAAGAGAGAAAUGAUCAAGAAAGGAAGGCGAGAUAAUGACGCAAUUUCGCCUGGACAAUUUUGACAGCAACCGGAAUGCAGUCAGCCUUUUGACGGUUGUUAGAAUUCCUCACAAGCGGGUUACUUUUCACGCAAAAGUUUUACGAAUGCGAAAGUUUCAAUCAUUCCGAUAGAUUGUUUAAGGAAAUAUUUCAUUGUUUGUGAUUAGAAUAAAUGAAAGAGGAAACAUUUCAAGACCUGCUAGUGUCAAGAGAUUCUAGAUCCGACAACUAGGAGCGCUACAGUAAAAUAAACACUGUGUCCCGAUAUUAAAUGACUCUUGCUUUAUAUACUACGAUAUUAUGGCUAAAUGGAAGUUAAAUUUCUGUAUCUUGUGUAGUUUGAUUGAACGGAUUUUAUUUUGCUUAGUAGUGAUAGGAAUAAUAGUUCAGUAAAGUUUGUAUGCAAGUAUUCAAACUAGCAUUAUUUAGUAAAAAGUGUUCAUAUUUUUUACAGCUCAGUUUUGUGUAGAAUUUAAUUUUUAAUUUUGAUUUUGGAGUGCCUAGUAACAAAGUAGUUUGCAUUAACCUUAAGCUUAAACAAUAGAAUCUUACUAACUAAAGCACCAACUCCCUCACUUCUUCCCGUCUACCCAUUUACCUUGGACAACAACCACCCAACGAUUAUAAGAACAUCAUAUUUGGUUUUCUCUGUUUCUGAUUUGUUUUCUGUCUCCUAAAUAUUACAUACUUUAUUUUUGGAACCGUAAUCUCACUCAUACAACUCACACAUCCAUCGCAUUCGGCCGGACACAGAUACAACCUGGAAACCGAUCAGGUAAACCAUUUGCCGUAUCAACCGCUGGCCGAUCUGGAGCUGGAGAACAUCGAUAUGUUUGCGUCGUCGUACACCUGAGCGCCACCUCCCUUCCUGGGAUCGACGAAAACCCACAGGCCGUAGCCUCAUCAAUCGCUGGAACGAAAAUCAAACAUUACCUGUUUCUUCUACCUUUUUUAUAGAUACACAGUAGUUUUUAUGUCCUGUUAGUUAGUAUCGCCUCCUGGACCGUCUAACUGUAUGUUGUGCCUUAUUUUUUUUUUCUUAGAGUUAUUCUUUCUUUCCGAGCCGACUCAUUUCGUUCGUUGACACAGCCCUUUUUUAUUACUGUUUGGAAGGAUCGUGGAUGGUGUUGCAAGCCCGAUACUGGAAGCAUGUAGAUGUUACGUUAUAAUCGUUAUUUUUUAAGACCUGAUAGUGACCGUGUAGUUUCCAUUUCUUCUACACCCGAGAAACAAAAGUGUAAAUCCGAUAAUGUUAGUUCAUAACAUAUGCAUUCGAUUGUGUGUAAACUGAGGGUAAUUAGAUGUUACGAUUUGUGUUAACUUACUGGUUACGUAUUUUCUUUUUCGUAUAGUUUAUUACUUUUACUUUUUUUUUGUGCCGAAUAAUAAAUGUUUGAUUGCAGAAAUGAGAGCGGUCUAGAGUAGUAAAGAAAUGAUAGAACGAAAGUGACAGCCUAAGUCAUACAUGAGCCAAAUGAGUCGACGAGUGUCCACGGUGGUAAAUACAGCAUAACAAAAUAGUAUAUCGUGAUUGUUGGUGGAGAUAACGCUAGGUCAGUAAGGCAACGCUAUUCAGCUUGCCAGCAUCUUUUUCGAAUAACUGGUGUAUAACAAGCCGAUGUGUGGAAUUAUUUUAAGCAUUGCAAUCCCUACAACAACGAAGAAACGAAACAAAUUCAUUCAUCGAAUAGCGAAAAUGAAAAAAAAAAUACAAACAUGUCAAUACUAUGGCUCGUGCAAGGAUAAUUUUCAGUAACUGAAAAAGGUGUGCAAUGUGUCGUUAAAAACAAAAAAAAAUCUAAAACAUUUAUUUAAAACAAAAUACUUUUGAGGUUUCUCCGUGUUUCUAACGCUAAACGUUUGACGUGCGCCGGCCAAUGUCGGCUCACAUCCCGAUGACACGGAACGAAAACGAUCAGAUUUUUCCGAUAUUUAUUUGUGCUACAUAUAGAGUGCGUGUUACACCAUUUCUGAUCUGAACGUCGAUUGUUGUGCUAGAGCAAGCACCAACAGGAACAGGAAAAAUGUCUUUUACCGUAAUAUGUGUCUUAAUGAUGUAGGAAAAUGUACGCCCCAUCCCACUAAGAAUUUAUCACGAGCUGUAAUGGUAAUGAAUAAUACAACGAGACCAGAAAUAAGCUUUGCUGUAAUCAUCGUUCUACGUACAUUUUUAAAUCAAAACGAGUGAGAUGGAUGUUCUGUGUGAACUUUUUUAUCUUAUAUGGAAAGGAAAAAAAAUAAAAGUACGAAUUUUAGCUAUUCUAAGAAUAGUGCCAUAAACAGUAUCUGCUGGUUUGUUUGACACACAGAUUGAAACUAAAGCUUAUAUGUACAAAAAAACCUAUACUCGAUAAAAAUAUCACACGUCUUUGAAUCAAUGUGCUUUACAAACUUUAGUAUCAUACCAACGCAAUGGUUCUAAUUUUUUACACAUAGUACUCAAUUUCAAGGAAGAUAGCUAGGCCAAAUUAUUGCAACGCAAGAAUUUUAAAGAUGUUUGGAAAGAGAUUUUUUAAAUACCUAUUUUGAUUGAAUCUAUCUUAGCAGCAGAGAAUGGAUAUUUUUCCCAUGACAGAAAGCUGUUAAACCUUUAAAAAAAUACAUAUUUACCCUGCGCAGAAUUAUAUCGGUUUCAUAAACGACGUAGAUAAAGAUAUGAACCAACUAUCCGGCAGUUUGAGAAAUCACAACUGUCGGUGCUGUUGGAAAGAAAAAAAUAAACAGGAGCAAGUUGACUUAAGACAUUUAGAAGUAAAGAAUUUAUAAAAGAAACAGUCAAUUGAAAGUUGGUUGACCCCAAAGUAUUUCACUGAAAGCAGGAACAUUUUACGCGUUAUUACAAGCGAUUACAAAUUGCAUAUAUCAGUAAAAGACGAUGAAACAAUUUGAUCACUAAACUACUUUAUCAAGCAUAAAGAACAAAACAUAGUUAUUAUACUCACACAAAAAGUUUACAGUCGAAGUAUACCAAUCCGAGCAUAUAACCAUAUAAAACCUGUUUGAUUAUGAAAAAAAAAAACAAAUAUUAACAAAGGCUAGUAUCAGUCAGCGAAUGCUACAAAUAUUUAUGAAUCGCACCGUAUAGCAGGUAACAACGAUUCGAGUCUAUAUAUAAAUAUUUAUCCUAACAGUGAAGAACAUUUGCAAACAAACAGUCAAAUAGAAUCAAUAUACGUCCAAAGAAAUCCUUUAAUAUACAACAGAGAUAACCCUAGUAAUUGAGGAGCACAUUGGGGCACAUACAAAUACAGAGACUUUGCGAUACGUCACGAUGCCUUUUAGAAUUGAAACUGAAACCAAAAUGCGUAGUACGUCCGUGUGAUAAGCAGCACAGCACAGGUUGGAGUCGGCACUAGGGGGAUAGGCCGCAGUCGUCCCCAUGCUGCCGAGAUUUGUGACCGACGAACGAAGCAACGCAUACCCGCAGACACAGACAAACAGACCGUAGAAGUACAGAACUAAGCGAUAAUUAUUAUUAGAUGUUGUUGACACAAAAGAUAUACAUAAAGUAAUUGAAAACAAGAAAAUAUUUCAAGCAAAAUAAUUGAAAAGUGGAUAGAUCUUCGGAAGGAAAAAUAAUAUCGCGUGCAAAAUGUAAGAUUAUAUGUAUUGUGCUUAAAAAGUAAAAUCUUUAAAGAAA